UAUGGCUGCAGAAAAAGGCUUCAAAUUUUACACCACAUAUACGUUGGAAGUGAAACAUCCAUAAGGGACACAUCUCAAAGAACUACAGUUGCUGCAGAGGGUAAAUACGUUUAUCAGCCAAUGACUCCUGUGGAGCAGCUUCCAAGCACUGAAAUACCCAUCAGGCCUAGGGACUCCACAAACACCAUGCAGAUUUCAGUCUCACUCACGGAACACUUCUUGAAGUUUGCACCUGUCUUCCACCUGCCGCUACCCCCUGACUCCCCGCGGUACUGCACAAUCUCUGACCUCUUUAUCGACAAUUACCGUGUGAAAUGCAUCAACGGGAAGAUGUGCUACGUGCAGCGGCAGCCUCCUGCUGUGCCCCAUAGAAUAAAGCCUGACGAGUUUGCUGUUCGCAAUGCCUUAAUUUCAAAAGAGAGCAAUACACCAAAACCAGAUCACUGCUCUUCCCCCUCCAGCUCGGAGGACUCUGGGAUCAAUGCUGUUGGGGUUCCCUUUAUGGAGUCGUGUGAUGAGGACACCGAGGAGGGGGCGGAGCUAAGUUCUGAAGAAGAUUAUAAUCCUGAUAGUAGUUGGGAGCCAGAUGAAUGCCCCCUUCUGUCACCCUCGCAGUGUGAACUGGAAGUGAUUGAGACUAUAGAAACUACCGUGUGACAGGCGAGUCAGAAUCAGUCCUAUGUACACUAGCCAAUAUUGCUUUUGUAGCAUUUAUAUUUGGUUUCUUUCUGACAAGUCCUUUUUUCCAGUGCACUUGAGACUUUCAGCCUCUUUACAGCAGAACAGUAAUGAGACUUACACUUACUCUAAUUUUAAUGCGCUC